GGAAAAUUACAGACUUUCCUUGGGAGAAAAGUGCAUCAGCACAGUUAGUGAAAAGCAUUUAAGGAUAUUACACUGAAAUUACCAUGGCAGAAGUGGACGUUGUGCUGCCAGACAAGGAUGAGACUCUGGAGUUGAAGAGCAGUAAGGAUGGUGGUCAUGGUGGUCUUGAGGAUCUGGACACUGAAGAUUUGUACACAAAGUACAAGAAGUUGGAGAAAAUGCUGGAGUUUUUGGAAGUGCAGGAGGAAUACAUCAAGGAUGAGCAGAGGAAUCUCAAGAAGGAGUAUCUUCAUGCCCAGGAGGAGGUGAAGCGCAUCCAGUCGGUGCCUCUGGUUAUUGGGCAGUUCCUCGAGGCGGUUGAUCAGAAUACUGGCAUUGUGGGCAGCACAACGGGCUCCAAUUACUACGUGCGCAUCCUCUCGACCAUCGACCGGGAACUGCUGAAGCCUUCGGCGAGCGUGGCGCUGCAUAAGCACAGCAAUGCUCUGGUGGACGUUCUGCCGCCCGAGGCGGAUAGCUCGAUCUCCAUGCUGCAGCCAGACGAGAAGCCGGACGUUAGUUACUCGGACAUCGGAGGCAUGGACAUGCAGAAGCAGGAGAUCCGGGAGGCUGUGGAGCUUCCCCUGACACACUUUGAGCUGUACAAGCAGAUCGGCAUUGAUCCGCCGCGCGGUGUGCUGCUGUACGGUCCGCCCGGGUGCGGCAAGACGAUGCUGGCCAAGGCUGUGGCUCAUCACACCACUGCCGCCUUCAUCCGCGUCGUGGGCUCGGAGUUUGUGCAGAAGUACUUGGGCGAGGGCCCGAGAAUGGUGCGCGACGUCUUCCGCCUGGCCAAGGAGAACUCCCCGGCGAUCAUCUUCAUAGAUGAGAUCGAUGCCAUCGCCACGAAGCGUUUCGACGCCCAAACCGGAGCCGAUCGCGAGGUGCAGAGAAUCCUGCUGGAGUUGCUCAAUCAGAUGGACGGCUUCGAUCAGACGACCAACGUGAAGGUCAUCAUGGCAACCAAUCGUGCCGACACGCUCGAUCCUGCGCUGCUGCGUCCUGGCCGUCUGGACAGGAAGAUCGAAUUCCCACUGCCGGAUCGUCGGCAGAAGCGCCUCAUCUUCUCCACCAUCACCGCCAAGAUGAAUCUGUCUGAGGAUGUGGACUUGGAGGACUACGUGGCGCGUCCGGACAAGAUCUCAGGUGCUGACAUCAAUGCCAUCUGCCAGGAGGCAGGCAUGCACGCCGUCCGGGAGAACAGAUACAUCGUCCUGGCGAAGGACUUCGAGAAGGGCUACAAAAACAACAUCAAGAAGGACGAGCAGGAGCAUGAUUUCUAUAAGUAA